GCGAGGUAAAGUUAGCACGUUAGCCAGCUAACUAAGCAGGUUAACCUGCGAAGCCGCUAGCUCAUGGCGAAUGCAAGCAACUGGCUUUCGUGUACCGACCGGUCGCCUUGGUUCGGAAGUUGGUUUAUUAUAACACGGAGUUAUGGCGUCGGCAUCUGCCACUGUGGACUCUAAGGCAGAGCUGACUGCUCUAUUGGAACAAUGGGAAAGGGAACAACAAGGCAGCACUCAGGAGCUAGUUAACAUCCUCACCAAAAUCUCUGAGCUUGUCGAGAAGGAGAGAGAGUACCACAAAGCGGACCCAGACCCUUUUGAUGACCGUCAUCCUGGCAGAGCUGAUCCACAAUGUGUCUUAGGGCAUUUGCUCAAGAUCCUGUUUAAGAAUGAUGACUUCAUGAACACAUUGGUGAAUAGUUAUGUGAUGGCCAGCAGAGAAUUUUCCCUCAACGCAGAAGCUUGUCGCUUGCUUCAGAACAUCAUGCCUGGCCUGGAGACAGCAGUGGUCUUUCAGGAGAAGGAGGGAAUAGUUGAAAGGUUGUUCAAGUGGGCUCAGGAGGCCGAGCAGCCCCUCAGAAUCUAUGCCACAGGCCUGUUGGCAGGCGCCAUGGAGAACCAGGACAUUGCAGCCAACUACAGAGAAGAGAACUCUGUUUUGGUGCCAUUGAUGCUGCAUCGUUUACGUGAGCUUCAAGAUAAAGACGCAGAGACAAAAAGAGAAAUCAAACGUCCUAGUCCCAGAAAAACUCUGAGUGGACCUUUGCUACCUUUGGAUGAGGAGACGGUUGAUGGAGGCUUUGAGAAACCCUUCUCACUCGGCCAAAAUGGGGCUGAAACGGAAACAUCGGAACCAGAGGAGGAUGGUGAAAUGAACCUUUCCGCCUUGGAGCCUGCAAAUGAGCUCCCGUUUCAUCCCAGCGCUCCUCACAAGACCAACAACUGUGCCACUUCGGCUGUUAAAACCAUGAUGAAGCCCAUGUCGGCCUCAGGGUCACUCCUGCACCUAGGUGCCUCUGAUGGUAGUAGUUACCUAAAAAGAAAAGUAGAGAAGGAGAGUAGCAGGUCCGCAAAGCACAAGUUGAAUUUCUCCCUGCCAGAACCGGAGAGGAGUUUAAGCGAGCUUUCCAACAGUAGCUGGUCUGAGAUGAGUCCAUGGGUGAUUGGCAACAACUACCGCUUAUAUCCUCUGACCCCUGAGAUUGAACAGAGACUCAUUCUGCAGUAUCUCACUCCUCUGGGAGAAUAUCAGGAGCUGUUGGCAGUGUUCAUGCAAAUGGGAGCCCGUGAGCUGCUCAUGCAUUAUAUGGAUCUAAAACAGACCAACGAUGUGCAGCUCACAUUUGAGGCUCUCAAGUACUUAGCAUCUCUGCUGCUUCACAAGAAGUUCGCUGCAGAGUUUGUGGCACACGGAGGAGUUCAGAAGUUGCUGGAAAUCCCGAGGCCCUCUAUGGCUGCUACUGGAGUGUCCCUGUGCCUCUAUUAUCUUGCCUAUAACCAGGAUGCCAUGGAAAGGGUAUGUAUGCUGCCCCACUCUGUCCUGUCAGAUGUGGUUGGCUACACACUGUGGCUGCUGGAAUGCUCGCAUGCAUCCGGCUGCUGCCACGCCACCAUGUUCUUCUCCAUUUCCUUCUCUUUCCGCGCUGUGCUGGAGCUCUUUGACAAGCAGGACGGGCUGCGACGCCUCGUCAAUCUGAUUAGCACAUUGGAGAUCUUGAACCCUGACGACCAGGGAGCGCUGCUGAGUGACGACGAGAUUUUCUCCAGCAGGCAGACAGCCAAGCACACUUGCAUGGCGCUGCGCAGGUACUUUGAGGCUCAUCUGGCCAUCAAGGUGGAGCAGGUGAAGCAGUCCCUGCAGCGCACAGAGGGAGGGGCUCCUAUUCACUCACAGCCCUACUACAAGGCGGUCAGUUACAGCCGCGAACAGGUAGUUGAAAUGAUGGAGUUUCUCAUAGAGCAUGGCCCUCUUCGUUUAUAUUGGGAACCAGCAGAGGUCUUCCACAAACUCUCUUGUAUCCAACUUCUACUGCAACUCAUUUCUAUCGCGUGCGACUGGAGGACCUAUUAUGGCAGGAGUGACACUGUGCGCUAUGCCCUUGACAUCCUCAGUAUCCUCACGGUCGUACCAAAGACUCAGAUGCUGUUAUCUGAGACUGUUGCUGUUGUCGAUGAGGGCGGGUCUACUAUUUCUAGUGCUGGAAUGAACAUUGUCCUGGCAGUGGCAGAGGGAGAAGUGUUUGUGAACGAUGCUGAGAUCCAGAAGUCUGCCCUGCAGGUUGUCAUUAACUGUGUCUGCGCUCCCGACAAACGCAUGUCCAGCAUUGGCAAGUUCAUUGCGGGCACGCCCCGUCGUCGCCUUCCUCAGAUGACCAAAGCCAGCGAGAAUGUGCUCACCAAGAUGUGGAAUGUGGUGCAGUCCAACAAUGGCAUUAAGGUACUGCUGUCCCUGCUGACAGUGAAGAUGCCCAUUACAGAUGCAGAUCAGAUCCGAGCUCUGGCCUGUAAGGCUCUGGUUGGUCUGUCUCGGUCCACUUCUGUCAGGCAGAUUAUCAGCAAGUUGCCUUUGUUCAGCAGCGGACAUAUCCAGCAACUCAUGAAGGAGCCUGUGCUCCAGGACAAACGCAGCGAGCAUGUCAAGUUCUGCAAGUUUGCGGCUGAGCUCAUGGAAAGAAUAUCCGGCAAACCCUUACUGAUCGGUACUGAUGUAUCCCUGGCGUGGCUGCAGAGAGCAAGUGUGGUCGCUCAGUCGAGGAUCACCUUUCCCGAGAAAGAGCUGCUGCUACUUAUUAGGAACCACCUUGUAGCCAAAGGCCUUCACGACACGGCCACCGCCCUCACCAAGGAGGCAGAUCUCCCGAUGGUGUGUGUAUCUCAUUCAUCACUCUCUGCUUCUCCUUUCGUCGCUGUCACUCCCCCUACCGCCACGAUCACCACCUUGCCUCGCACCCCACGGCUGGCCAACGGUGUCGGGUCAAGACUUGGCAAUCUCCCCUCACAUUCAUCCACUCCAUCACCCGGCCAUUUACAAGCGCGCCCCUCGAUGUCUCAACCCGCUGUGCCCUUGACGACUGCUUUCCCCCCGACAUCUGUGCCUCACUGCAACAACGGCUCGCCUCUGAUCGGACGAAUCGUUUUCUCCCGUGAACGGCACACGUGGUGCAGUGCGAUGAGCUGCAAGAAACCUCGAGUGCUGAGGCAGAAGUCAGACCACGGCGCCUUUAGCCAGACACCAGCGAUGAAGAAGCAGUUUGACAGGCACAUGCCCUCCCCUCCUGCAUUAGACAGUAUCAUCACAGAGUAUCUGCGGGAACAGCACGCACGCUGUAAAAACCCAGUGGCAACCUGCCCACCUUUCUCUCUCUUCACCCCUCAUCAGUGCCCUGAAUCCAAACAGAGACGCCAAGCACCUAUUAACUUCACGUCCCGACACACGCGGAGGGUCAUAUAUCCUAAAUAUGGUGGAGUCGACGGAGGUUGCUUUGACAGACACCUCAUCUUCAGCAGGUUCCGUCCAAUCUCUGUAUUCAGGAAAGCUGAGGAAGAUGAGAGUGGAUUCAUGUGUUGUGCCUUCUCAGCUCGCGAGCGGUUCCUAAUGCUUGGGACCUGCACUGGCCAACUGAAACUCUACAAUGUGUUCACAGGCCAGGAGGAGGCCAGCUAUAGCUGUCACAAUUCAGCCAUCACUCACCUGGAGCCCUCUCGGGAUGGCUCCCUGAUUUUAACAUCAGCCUCCUGGAAUUACCCAACGUCUGCGCUGUGGGGGAUGAAGUCUGUGUUUAUCAUGAAGCAUUCUUUUCUGGGUGACCAUUAUGUGGAGUUCAGCAAACUGUCACAAGAUCGCGUCAUUGGGACUAAGGAGCAACUAGCACAUAUUUAUGACAUUCAGACGGGCCAGGUGACACUGACUCUAAAUAACCCAGACCUGGCUAAUAACUACAAGAGGAACUGUGCCACUUUCAACCCCACGGAUGACCUGGUACUGAACGAUGGCGUCCUGUGGGAUGUGCGCUCAGCUCAGGCCAUCCACAAGUUUGACAAGUUCAACAUGAACAUCAGUGGUGUGUUCCACCCCAACGGCCUGGAGGUCAUCAUUAACACGGAAAUUUGGGAUCUGCGAACCUUCCACCUCCUUCACACGGUUCCUGCUCUGGACCAGUGCAGGACAGUCUUCAACAACAACGGCACGGUCAUUUACGGAGCAAUUUUGCAGGCUGAUGAUGAAGACGACAUGAUGGAGAUGCAGAUGAAAAGUCCAUUUGGUUCAUCGUUCCGCACUUUCAAUGCCACAGACUACAAACCCAUUGUCACCAUUGAUGUCAAGAAGAAUAUUUUUGAUCUGUGCACAGACUCGAAAGACUGCUACCUUGCAGUGAUUGAGAACCAAGACUCCAUUAACACAGACACUGUCUGCCGCCUUUAUGAAGUUGGUCGACAAAGACUGGCGGAGGAAGAAGAGGAGGAUGAGGAGGAUCAGGAGGAUGACGAUCAGGAGGAGGAGGACGAUGACGACGACUCUGAUGACGACGUCGAUACAGAUCCUCUUAUUGCUGAACUUGAGAACGAGAACGGUGGAGAUGACGACGAUGAUGGAAAUGACGAAUUCUCUCCCUCUGAUGAGGAGGUGGCUCGCCUUCUCGAGGAGGACCUAGAAGGAGGGGACGACGAAGAUGACGACGACAACGAUGAUGACUCAGACAAUGAUGACGCGGAACUGGAUGGGGAGAAUGACAGCUCUGACAACUCUGACCUUGAGGAUGACAUAAUUCUGUCCCUGAAUGCGUGAAGGACGUUUGGCAGCUGGGACUGAGUAAAUGGACCACAAGUCAGGACCUUGGCAUCGUCGACGUGAGCUGCAGAGGAAGAGGCAAGAACAAGAAAGUGGGGGAUCAGCAGAUGCAGUGGGAGUUAAUUAGAGCUCUGCCCAUUUGAACGUGUUAGCGUCUGUGUACAAAUGGAUGGCAUGAUUGGACCAAGGAGGAAUCUCAUAGAUAAAUAAAUAGUUUUAUAGGAAGGCUUGAUGUGGCAGGACAUGGCUGGUGUGUGGGUGCUUUGAAAAGUUGCAUAUUUUAUUCAUAAACCUUUUAAUAAGUAUCUCCGUUUGAUAUAAAGCCCCACAUACGCAGCAAUUUGGUGAGAGAUUAUUAGGGAAAAGGUGCUACAUUUUAGGGGUGCAGUCUUGUUUCUAAGAAUGUAACGCAUCCAUAAGCGUAGACUUAACCAUAGACUGGAAUAGUCAUCAAAGGUGUAAUUAGGUUUUGGAUUUAGGCUGCAAAAUUGAUGCAACGACAUCAGAAGCAAUGCUAUUCUUGCACUUGUUUUAGGUUGGAUCAAUUGAAUCGACUCGGUGCUCCUGACUUGUUGACCCAAACUAAUAGAAUGCUCAACAUGACAAAACUGCCAAUGCCUCCUGCGCGAUCCCCACACACACACUCAAACUUUGACAGCUGUCCUACAUGCUGCACCCACUAAGGUUUUGCCUCCAGUAAAUGAAUGCCAACCUUUAGUGCUUUUGAUAACAAAAAUUGACCUUGCCAAGUCUUGGACAAAAAAAAAAAACGUAUAUAAAAAUUGGGGGUGAAAAUAAGUUGAUAUAAAAAUUUAUUUUGAUUCAGUUCGUUUCUCGGCCUAUUCAAACAUUGAGGGGUAAAAAUCUCUGGCUCAAUUUUAUAUAGCCGUGAAGAGGUUGUUGUUUUUUGUAAACGAUUACGCCUUGCAUCUUCGUUUUAUUGGCUUUCUUUUUCACAGGAAGUUAUGUUGAUGUUUCUGUGACAUUUAAUGUACAGCUUGUAUGUACCUAAAGUAUUUUUCCUAUAAAUAAAACUCCAGAAUUAGA